CAACACACUUGUGUCAAAACACAACACUCCCAUUCCUCACACUGCUUCGCAACUAUUCAACGCUUCAAACUUCAAAUCACUGCCAUGGGAGAACAACUGCCGCCACUCAAAGCAGAGAUGUUUGACGACAGCGAAAGUCAUCGCUACGACGACGUUUUCAGCGACAGCAAGGACUCCGGACUGACUGAAGAGCCAACGGCGGUUCACAUCAAAGAAGAGCUGGAUGACGGCGCCGUUAACGGUUUCAUGGAUAAGAUGCCGAAACCGAUGGAAGGCUUGCACGAGAUGGGGCCCCCACCGUUCCUGAAGAAGACCUUCGAUAUGGUGGAGGACCCUAAGACUGACCCCAUUGUGUCAUGGAGUCAAACUCGCGAUAGUUUCGUCGUUUGGGACUCCCAUGAAUUCUCCAAAACCCUUCUUCCCAAAUACUUCAAGCACAGCAAUUUCUCCAGCUUCGUUCGCCAGCUCAACACCUAUGGCUUCAGGAAGGUUGAUUCAGACCGCUGGGAGUUUGCGAAUGAAGGAUUCCAAGGAGGGAAGAGGCAUUUGUUAAAGAACAUAAGGAGGAGGGGUAAGUACAACAGACUGCAUCAGGGAGCUUUCAAUAUGAUGAAGCCAGGCGUGGAGGCUGAAGUGGAGAAACUGAAGAAGGACCAGAACAUUUUGAAGGUGGAAAUUCUGAAACUGAGGCAGCAGCAGGAGAAUUCACAUGUUCAGCUCACUAAUGCUCAGGAGAGAGUUCGGCAUGCAGAGAUGAAGCAGUAUCAGAUGAUGUUUUUCCUCACAAGAAUGGCUAGAAGGCCCGCGUUUGUUGAGCAGUUAAUCCAAAAGGUUAGGAGGAAAAGAGAGCUCGAUGGUAACGACAUGGUUAAGAGGCCUAGAUUAAUGGGAAACCCCUGCUAUGUACCCUUCCCAAAGACCAUGGAGACAACCCCUGAUGUUGAUUAUAGACCCCAAAAUCAUAAACAAUUCCCUUCUAUGCAAACCGAGCUCGGUGGAUUUCUGUCUGAAACUGUGAACACCAGCAAGAUGGAGCACCCAACUCCCACUCCCUUGGAAGAUGAAUUGUGUAACCCUGUGCAAGGGUCAAGGGCCAAUGGUUGUUCUAGCGCAAAUGCGCCAGAUGCUUCUUCUGCCUAUCAUGUUAUGUCAGAAAAACUAAUGCGGGAAAAUUCUGUAGUUGAUGAAGAACUAGAUGUGAAUGACUCUAAUAUCUAUCUUGAAUUAGAGGAUUUGAUCACUAAGCCGUCGGAUUGGUCUCUUGGAUCUGCAAAUGGAUUGGUGGAACAAACUAGUUGAAGUGAUCUCACUAGUGUUGUUGUCCCUUGUAGUGGGUGCAAUUUCAGGUUGCAGGAGUGUGUGUGUGACGCUCUGCUGCUAGUAAGAUGAAGAGCUGAAUAUUAUAUGGCUCUUCAAUUACCAGCUUUGAAAGUGCAGGACCUAGUUGCUCGCCCCAGCUUUUUAUAUGACGAAGCGAGAGUUUUCAUGUUUCAGUUUGUUUGUGUCAAAAUUGUUCAUAUGUUGUACAGCCCUUUCCUCCCUUGGCGUUCCUUUCCUUAACUUAGGGUCUUAAGUCAUAUCAGCAUGGUCCUUGGUGUAGUAAUUAACUAUGUAGGUUGUAAAUUUGUAUUACAGAACAUGGUUUAUAGUUCAAUACUUGGGGUGUAUAAUUACGUUACUGUUCCGUUUCAG